ACAAACACCUCGAAGAAAUCUAUAACCGUCUUCAUUUAAAACCAUCAUCACAUCAUGGCAGCUCAAAGAGUUUUCCAUCUUUUCCUCAUAUUGACUGGGAUAGUUUCCUUCUCUUCUGUUUGCUCAGGAAUGAGUGCACCAGGAUUGUCCCUGGACACCACUGUGUUUGUGGCCUUUGAGGGUGAAGACCUCAAGAUUGACUGUAAAAUCUCCAAACCAGCAAACAAACCCAAAGACACAAUGGAAUGCUACGAUCCUCUUCACCAACGGAUAUACGUCCUUGACAUCAAGGCGACAGCUGCCAACAGUACACCAUUACAGUUUACACACACACUGCAGCUGAACAACGUGACCAGGUCCGGAGAAUAUUACUGCGUAUAUGAAAAGGCCAGUGUGUACUGGUUUCUGAGAGUGAGAGCUGAUGGCUACGAGGAGCCCCCGAUGUUGAGUUACACAGAAAUCGGUAUGGCCGUCGUCACUGGUGUGCUGCUGGUGUUCAGCGUGGUCGGCUCCAUCUAUGUCUUCAGAGGAGAUUGGAAUGAGCCGAACAGAGGAGAGACGGAGACAAGAGAGACGGAGGUAGACAACGUAGAUAAAGAAACAGCACCAUCUACAUCUUUCUAUGCUAGCCUGCAGGCUCGCCCCAGGUCCAUUUAUGAUGUGAUCGACCACUCGGCUGCCAACCAGGAGCUGGAUCAAAGGGUAACCAAACCCAAUGAGAAUGAACACACAGGAAACACGGAGCAAACCACAACACCCCAGGCUGUCGACGACUUUCAGUCUGUCUAUGAGAACUUUUGAAUCAGGAAUAAAAUUGAGUGAGAGAUUUUGAGAGAGCAAAACUAUUUGGAAAAAAACAAAUCUUAGUAAAUAUUCGGUUUCAUGUUUAAAGGGACUCUUACCUUUGUUGCAUUUGAGAAUUACAGCACAUUCAAAUCAUCCCGCCUUCCU